AUGCCUUCUUCAUACGAUAUGACACGCCACGAAGCCUACAUGAUAUCCACCGCUGACGACGCCCAGUUCCAGGACCGGUUUGUUGGAGUGCUGCCGCCGGAGCCUUUCAACGACUUUGACGGUGUGCCAGCCGACCUGGAAUUUUUCAUGCCGAUGGGGUCGACAUACACACCAGGGUGCUCUAAGUCAACCAUCGAAUGGCUUAGCGAUUGCAGCUUGCCAGAAAGUUGCCCAUCAACGCCAUCGUUGAACAUAAAUCGCCAGCAUCACCAGGUGCAAGCAAAGGUCAAACGUGGUCACCAUCAUGUGCACUUUGCGGACAUCGUUGACGAAGAGGACGAAGGAGACUCUCCGGAGAGGCCUUACCUGUCGCUGCUUGACCUUGGAAGGACACCUUGGAUUCCAAGUCCGCCUGGAUCCACCUCAACGAUCGAUAGCGAUACGGACGACUCUUUAUCUUCUUCGUCUUCAUCUUUAUCACCGACGUAUCAGGACGACGCGGAACUGCGAAACACAUCGGACUACGGUGACCAGGACGAUCUACCAUCUGUACAAUGCAUAUACCACCCCAUAGAAGAAUACCCACAUCCGCAUUUGGAUAUCUACGCCGAUGAACACGAACAAGGGCACAAGCACGAACACAAACAAGAACCAGACGACGGACUACCGACUCUGGCAAUUAGCGCCUUGUCGACUGCAGUACACCACGAGCAAUUACCCUUUUUGCCUCUGUCGUCGCCAACCAGAGCAGUACAAGAACCUGGGCUGCAGUCAGACGCAGAAACUGGACAUGGGCGAGGGCCUUUAUGUCCGCUUAUGUUUUUGCUGAACGGUCUUCGGACUUCGCCACCCCCAUCGCCACUCUCUAUGGACCCCCCAUUACCAUCUCUGAACGAUAUACCAGCUAUAGCCCACAUCGACACCAUCGACAACGUCAAACCCAUUGCAUCCGAUUUGGACGCAGCGACUUUGCUCUGUUCGCCACUGCAACACAGCGCCACACUACCACCCUCCCCGCCUUCUCCAUCCAGUCUAUCACUUUUCCAGCCUUACAGGCCUGAGCAUUCGUUUGGAUGGAAUAACUCUUUCAGCUUCGGUUUGGGGUCAAGUUUGUGGGAAGAGGAGCCAAAUGUCCCAUGUUCUCCUUCAAGGAGGCGCUCGAUGGACUUGCCGGACGAGGACCCAUUCAGGCUGACAUCUUCGUGUCCUUCGACAACCUCGUCAUUGUCUUUCGACUGCGAAAUCUCGACGCUUUUCUUCGACCAACACGACGGCCAGCGGGCCACGUGGUUGACCCUUCCGGGUGCCGACAGUGACGAUGAUCUCAUCCCCCUCGCACUCGCAUCGAAGAACUAUAUCCCUGAUCCGACGAUAACGGUGUCGACCACUCCUUCAGCACCUUUACUUCUCUUCGACGACCCUGCGGACGGUGAUUUCUCUCUAGCUUCAAGACGUUCAUCGUCUCCUCCUGACAUUGAUGAGUUCUUCGUCGACCCAAAGGUCCUCGAGGACCUGUCCUUGCGAGGAGCGAAGGAAGAAGUAGAAGAGGCAAAGAAGCUCGUUGACUUGCAGCAGAAGACCCAGAACCGUUGCCGCAUGCGAGCUCGAACACGGUCUCUUGGCGGGUUGGGGUCUAAUUUUGGUGAAUACGGGAACGACGGAGCUGGCAGGGUGUGGGACAGAUGGGAAAAAGAACGGGAGGCGAAGGAGAGGGAGCGGGCGCGGGAGGUGGCGGCGCUGUUGAGGUUGAAGCUGGGGCUGGAUGAGAGGGGGUGUUGUGUGCGUGCUCCUGGUGGUGGCAGUGGUGAGUCUUUGGAUGUCGGCACUGAGUCUGAGGCUGGGUCGACGGGCGAGGACGAUGCUCCUCUAGCUCCUCCUCGCUCCUCGACACCAGCCUCAGCCUCAGCACCUGCAUCCACGCCAGGAGCACUGAAGGCACGCCGCGCGUCCUCGCUUCCAAUCGCAACUUCAGCCUCAAUUGCAUCGCCACCUGCCCCGUCAGCUUGUGGUUUAUCGUCCUCUUCUGAUGAUCCUUGUUCUUCGAAUUCAUCAAGGUCUUCGUCAGCGUCGUCGUUUUCGUCGAUGUUCGAUUCGACACCCGCGUCGACAGCAACUUCAAGGUCUUCGACCGACCCCAGUACGAAUCCCACUCCGACGUCGCCACCGCCGAAACGUUCCUCUAAGCCGAUGAUCACCAGUAUGGCUCAGCUCGUUGCAUCCAUGGUCUUCCACCGUCAGCAGCAGGCUGACUCCGCCCGCCGUGCCUGUCGAACCCCAUCCAGGAGCCGGACAUGGGCCGCUCCUUCGUUGUCAUCAUCGCCUCCCUCAUCGUCGUCUCCCUGCGGUUCCAGCGCUUCUACCUCGAGUGGACAACAAGAAAAGAACGUUGGAGCCAAGACACCACGCUCUCCGUUGAGGCAGAUGAUUCUGCCUGACGAGCUUGCCGGCAACGACGAGGAAGAGAGUGAAGACGGUCUAGAGGGUUUGGACGAGCUCGAGCUCAGCCCUCUCAGCCUCGGUUUGCUCUGCACUUCGCCAGAGACUUACUCUGCCGAGCUCGGCCUCAAUACCUCUCAGCUCUAG